AAAGCCAGUGAUUGAGAAGAUGAGAAGAGAUCGCAUCAACAACAGCAUUGAGCAGCUCAGGAUAUUACUGGAGAGAAACUUUCAGACACAUCACCCCCAUUCCAAGCUGGAGAAGGCAGAUAUAUUGGAAAUGGCAGUCAGCUACCUACAGCAACAGAAGAAACAUCAGAUGAACUGUUCCCAGCUGCUUCCAGAAAAUGCACAGGAUUCCUAUUAUCAAGGUUACUACAUGUGUUUGAAAGAGACAGUGGGCUUUCUGCAUACCCAGGAGCACGGACACAUUCAAGAAGGAAAUAAAAAUCUACCGUGGACUGAUUCUUGCCUCCCUGCACCCUCUCAAAAAUUCUACCAGCAGAGAGUUUCUUUUCAAGUCUCUGCAGGCAGUACAAAAAUAUGGAGGCCUUGGCAGGUUCUUUCACCUCCUUAAAUUCAAGGACUACCCAGUUGUAAAUGGAAGUAAUGCAAAAGCUAUAAACCUAUGUUUAUUUUCUCCCCUAUGAUAGAAUAUAGUUAUAGGGUUAUACUCUUUGCCCUUGGUCUCUUGUACAGCCAUGUUUUUAUUUUACUUGAGACACAAGGCGCCGAACAUACACCGGAAAACACACUCCGCAGGUGUGAGUCUGGAUCAAUAUAUCUGCUAUCUUUGAGUUCCUCAUUGGCUCUACAACAUCAGUUGACUUUAUUGCUGAUAUGUACAAAUAUUAAGCCAGUUUAUGACUAGUAACAGAUUCCAGUGUGAUAAGUAAUAAUGCUGGAAAUCUGUAAAUGCUAACGGUGUCUACAUACCAUUUUUUUGUUGUUCUGUAUGUUGAAAUUUCAAAUUUGUUUUGAGAUAUGGCGGUUAUUCCGAUGCACAGGUCACAGAGGCACAGGGCAAUACUGGUUAUGGCUCAUGAAUUAUAUUCAUUGUCUUAUUGCUUUUAGCCAUUUAACAGUUGUUUUAAUUUUAGGGAUUUUUCUAAUUCCAUUAAGUCUGGAAACCCUUUUACACUACUCUCAUUCUGAAAAUCCUUUGGGAAACCGCCUGCCAUUCAGAAUCCUGUUCCUCACUUUUAUUUGCACUAGACUAGAGGAUAAGUUUUACUGCCACUUUAAAUAACAUCACCCUGUAGAAACUAAGUCUAAUUCUUAUAUAAUUCCACUGUGCCUUUGUAUAUAAUAUGGGAAUAAGACUGUAUGGAAAUUAUAACAGACAAAUACUGUACCUAUAGCUGAGCCUAGAACAGUUUUCAUACAUUUAAUAUGGAACAUAAUGCCAAGUGGGGCCUCAGUGAGCACAGCAAAUCUAAUAAAGCUCUGUUUUAUACGUAAAAACCCAAUCCUCAAAAUGUAAAAAACUAAACUGAAUGUUUAUUUCCCUGUAAAAAUUGCUUGGGAUAUCAAAUGUAAAUAGCUAAUAUAAUAUGCAUCUCAAUAAAAAAUAUUUAAUUUAUAA